CUUACUGGUGAAGCGAGCAGUGUGUCAAGAAGCAGCGCGGCUUGGCAGGGUUGUAUUUCGGGAGGACACAUGGCUCUCGACCUUCGCCUCUCCCGAGGCCGUACUGGAAUUGCAGCGAUUGGACAAGACUGUUAAUUACCAAUUGGAAAUCAUGAAAUGAAGGGUAAUAAAAAUAAAUAUAUAUUUGGUCUAAUUAUAUUCUAUGUACAAUACUUCCUCUGGUCACCAGGACAGAGCUAGCCCGUCGCCCUCCACCCUGCCAGAGUCCCCGGGUUGCAACUCUCCCGGUAGCGCCUUACUGCAGGGUCUGAAGAGGGUGUCUUCAUUGCUGAUCGACUGCAGGAAAAUACCAAGGCAGAGUGGAUCUUCGAGAGGUGGACACGAGGAAAAUGGAGAUUUGAUUUCAUCAAGGGACACACCGAAACGUGGUUAUCUCUGUGGGAGGGGCUUAUCUGCUCACCUUCAACCACAUGUUGCUGACGAGGCAGAGAAGUGUCUCUCCAGAUCAGAACACUUCAAGAAACACCAGCAGAGCUGUAUAGGGAAGAAACCUCAACACUGCUGCUCUGACUGUGGGAAGAAUUUCACUAGCAGGAGUUGCUUCAUUAUUCACCAGCGGAUUCACACCGGUGAGAGACCGUACUGCUGCACUCAGUGUGGGAAGAGGCACAUCUCUGCAGGGCGUCUUAAAGAACACCAAAGAAUCCAUACAGGAGAGAAACCUUACAGAUGCUCACAGUGUGGGAAGAGUUUUGCUCUAUCUGGCACCUUAAAAUCCCAUCUGAGAAUCCAUACAGGAGAGAAACCGUACUGCUGCUCUCAGUGUGGGAGGUGUUUUACUGUAUCUACCGCCUUAAAAUCUCAUCUGCGAGUCCAUACAGGAGAGAAACCGUACUGCUGCUCUCAGUGUGGGAAGGGUUUUGCUGUAUCUAGUGCCUUAAAAUCGCAUUUGAUAAUUCAUACGGGCGAGAGGCCUUACCCCUGCCUUUGUUGUGGGAAAAGCUUUGUUAGUGCAGGAAACCUAACUGUACACAAGCGGAUACACACUGGAGAUAGGCCUUAUAGCUGUGAUCAGUGUGGAAAGAGCUUUGCUCUAGCUUCCGUUCUGACUUCACACCGGCGCAUACACACUGGAAAGAAACCUUAUAGCUGUGAACAGUGUGGGAAGAGCUUUGCCGUAGCUUCCUCCCUGAGUAGACACCAGCGAACACACACUGGAGAGAAACCUUAUGUUUGUCUUUGUGGAAAGAGCUUUGCUCAGUUAGGGACAAUGAAAGGUCACCAGAAAACAAAAACGUGCCGUAUUUCAUCUCCCUCCUAUACGGCACCGGUUCCAGAUCCCUAAAACUAUUAAAAAAAACGUAUAGUGAACAGGCAUAUCCAUCUUCCAUUGUUAAACAGUUGAAUUAGUUUGAUCACCAUGGUAACCUGGAGCAUAAUAUGCAUCUCUGAUCCAGCAUCAGGUCUCCCCUGUGUCUGUAAUAUCACACAAUGGGAUUUGAAUGGAUAAAUGUUGUCAUAGAAGAUGUCAUAGUCAACCUGUGUGUUUGUGUGCUCAUAAAACUAAUCAAUGAUACAUUGGAUAAUCGGACAAGGCAAGAACUAUGCAUAUUGUCUUGUAACACCGGUUAAUGUAAUAACUUUUAGAUGUGUAAUGUAAUAUCUUGUACCCCAGAAAUUGAACGUAAAUCACUUAAAAUAGAUGCUGUGGUGGCAGCUGCAGAGACUUAUUUGGCUAUAUGAGAUUUGGCUUAAGAAGAGUUGCAUGGUGUGUUGAAGGGUGAUGCCCCGUCCUCCCAGGCUGUAAGGGGUAGUGGGUUUUUAAUGUAAAGGUGGCAGCUGCUGAGAAGUACCUGGUUGUACAAUAUGUUACUGCAGGAGAGUUAUAAUAGAUAUUUUGAGAAGGAAAUAUAUAUGAACUCAGCAAAAAAAGAAACGUCCUCACACUGUCAACUGCGUUUAUUUUCAGCAAACUCAACAUGUGUAAAUAUUUGCAUGAACAUAAGAUAAACAGAGACAUAAACUGAACAAGUUCCACAGACAUGUGACUAACAGAAAUUGAAUAAUGUGUCCCUGAACAAAGGGGGGGGGGGGUCAAAAUCAAAAUGUAUAGUCAGUAUCUGGUGUGACCACCAGCUGCAUUAAGUACUGCAGUGCAUCUCCUCCUCAUGGACUGCACCAGAUUUGCCUGUUCUUGCUGUGAGAUGUUACCCCACUCUUCCACCAAGGCACCUGUAAGUUCUUGGACAUUUCUGGGGGGAAUGGCCCUAGCACUCACCCUCCGAUCCAACAGCUCCCAGACGUGCUCAAUGGGAUUGAGAUCCGGGCUCUUCGCUGGCCAUGGCAGAACACUGACAUUCCAGUCUUGCAGGAAAUCACACACAGAAUGAGCAAUAUGGCUGGUGGCGUUGUCAUGCCGGAGGGUCAUGUCAGGAUGAGCCUGCAGGAAGGGUACCACAUGAUGGAGGAGGAUGUCUUCCCUGUAACGCACAACGUUGAGAUUGCCUGCAAUGACAACAAGCUCAGUCUGAUGAUGCUGUAACACAACGCCCCAGACCAUGACGGACCCCCACCUCCAAAUCGAUCCCGCUCCAGAGUACAGGUCUCGGUGUAACGCUCAUAACUUCUACGAUAAACGCGAAUCCGACCAUCACCUCUGGUGAGACAAAACCGCGAUUCGUCAGUGAACAGCACUUUUUGCCAGUCCUGUCUGGUCCAGCGACGGUGGGUUUGUGCCCGUAGGUGAAGUUGUUGUUCAUGCAGGUGAGCAAGGGACCCUGGACAUCUUUCUUUUGGUGUUUUUCAGAGUCAGUAGAAAGGCCUCUCAUUAGUGUCCUAUGUUUUCAUAACUGUGACCAUAAUUGCCCACCGUCUGUAAGCUGUAAGUGUCUUAACGACCGCUCCACAGGUGCAUGUUCAUUAAUUGUUUAUGGUUCAUUGAAAAAGCAUGGAAACAGUGUUUAAACCCUUUACAAUGAAGAUGUGUGAAGUUAUUUGGGUUUAAAAAUGUAUCUUUGAAAGACAGGGUCCUGAAUAAGGGCCGUUUUCAUUUUGUGUUACAAUUGAAGUCAAGAGGUUUACAUACACCUUAGCCAAAUGCAUUUAAACUCAGUUUUUCACAAUUCCUGACAUUUAAUCAUAGUAAAAAUUCCCUAUCUUAGGUCAAUAAGGAUCACUACUUUAUUUUAAGAAUGUGAAAUGUCAGAAAAAUAUUCCCAGUGGGUCAUAAGUUUACAUACUCUAAAUUAGUAUUUGUUAGCAUUGCCUUUAAAUGGUUUAACUUGGGUCAAACGUUUUGGGUAGCCUUCUACAAGCUUCCCACAAUAAGUUGGGUGAAUUUUAGCCCAUUCCUCCUGACAGAGCUUGUGUAACUGAGUCAGGUUUGUAGGCAUCCUUGCUCGCACACGCUUUUUCAGUUCUGCCCACACAUUUUCUAUGGGAUUGAGGUCAGGGCUUUGUGAUGGCCUCUAAAAUACUUUGACUUUGUUGUCCUUAAGCCAUUUUGUCACAACUUUGGAAGGAUGCUUGGGGUCAUUGUCCAUUUGGAAGACCCAUUUGCGACCAAGCUUUAACUUACUGACUGAUGUCUUGAGAUGUUGCUUCAAUAUAUCCACAUAAUUUUCCCAUCCUCACGAUGCCAUCUAUUUUGUGAAGUGCACCAGUACCUCUUGCAGCAAAUCACCCCCACAACAUGAUGCUGCCACCCCCAAGCAUAACAAUGGUCAUUAUGGCAAAAAGAGUUCUAUUUUUGUUUCAUCAGACCAGAGGACAUUUCUCCAAAAAGUACAAUCUUUGUCCACAUGUGCAGUUGCAAACCAUAGUCUGGCUUUUUUAUGGCAGUUUUGGAGCAGUGGCUUCUUCCUUGCUGAGCGGCCUUUCAGGUUAUGUCGAUAUAGGACUAAUUUUACUGUGGAUAUAGAUACUUUUAUGCCUGUUUCCUCCAGCAUCUUCACAAGGUCCUUUGCUGUUGUUCUGGGAUUGAUUUGCACUUUUCGCAUCA